AUGAAUUUAAUCAGAAGAGUUGACUUUAUAGAGGACGAUACACUCUCAGGCUACGCAGAUGUAUUUACUGGCUUAGGCUGCAUGGAAGAGGAAUAUACUAUAAAGGUCAAUUCCAACAUUAAACCUGUUGUACACGCAGCAAGGAAAGUCCCAGCGGCACUACGAGGCGGAUUAAGGAUAUGUCUAGACCCUAGAGACCUCAACAAAGCCAUUCAAAGAGAACACUAUCAAUUACCUACUAUAGAAGAAAUAGCUAGUCGACUAAGUGGCAGUCAAGUGUUCACGGUAUUAGAUGCCAACUCUGCCUUUUGGCAAAUUAAAUUAGACAAGAGCUGUACAGAUCUAACAACUUUUAACACACCUUUCGGUUGCUACAAGUUCCUUCGUCUACCAUUUGGGCUAAACUCUUCUGCAGAAGUAUUUGCAAAACGUUUCCACCAAGCUUUCGACGUUAUACAAGGGGUUGAGACAUACAUGGACGAAAUACUGAUAGCAGGUAGAACAAUAGAAGAGCAUGAUGAUAGACUUAGACAAGUUCUUGACAUAGCAAGAAGGAAAGGAAUCAAACUGAAGCCAUCUAAAUGUAGCCUAAGAGUACGACAAGUCAAGUUUGUAGGACAUAUCAUUACAGAUAGUGGUAUAAAGCCUGAUGACUCAAAGAUUGAAGCAAUACAAUCCAUGCCAUACCCUACAGAUCGCAAGGAACUAGAAAGAUUUUUGGGUAUGAUUAAUUAUCUUGGUAAAUUCUUACAGAACUUGUCAGAAAUAACUGCCCCAUUAAGAGAGUUACUUAAACAAGACAACGAGUGGAUAUGGUUGGAACAACAUCAGAAGGCUGUUGAUUAUUUAAAGAGUUUGAUCACAACCGCCCCAGUUUUAGCCUUUUAUGAUGUUUCACAGUCAGUCAAGUUGUCUGUGGAUGCUUCACAGGAGGGACUUGGAGCAGUAUUAAUGCAGAAUGAAAGGCCAGUGGCUUAUGCCUCAAGAUCUCUUACAGACUGUGAAAAACGAUAUGCACAAAUAGAAAAAGAAAUGCUUGCCAUUGUCUUCGGAGUUGAACAUUUCCAUUACUAUGUGUAUGGACGUCCAAUAAAGGUUGAAACAGAUCACAAACCUUUGAAAGCGAUUAUCAAAAAGCCUUUGGCAUCUACACCCCCUAGGCUUCAGCGGAUGCUUCUUCGACUAAUGAAAUAUGAAAUACUGCUGGAAUACAAGCCAGGCAAAGAAAUGUCUAUUCCAGACACACUGUCAAGAGCAUCGCUACCAAUCAAACAUCCCUCAAGUGAUGACUGGGAUGCACAAGUUCAUCUGAUCGUCAAUAGUUUACCCAUGUCAGAUGAAUAUAUGAACAUUUUUCAGCAGGCCACUGCAGAUGAUGCUGUUUUAAGGCUGUUAAAGAAUAAUAUUAUGAUAGGCUGGCCAAACAAGAGAGCUGAAAUUCCACAAGAAAUUCGAGCAUAUUCAGGAUUUAAAGAAGAACUUAGUGAAAGCAAUGGUUUACUUUUUAAAGGAGAAAGAUUAAUAGUACCAAAAGUAUUGCAAAAAGAAAUGCUUCAAAGACUGCACCAAGGUCAUCUUGGGCGAGAUAGAUGUCUUGUUACAGCUAAGGAGGUGUUCUUCUGGCCUGGAAUGUCUAAGCAGAUUAUAGACAUGGUAUCAACAUGUGCAGUGUGUAACGAACACCAGAAGUCCCAGCAAAAGGAGCCAUUGUUACCACAUGAUACUCCUGUACUUCCUUGGGAAAAAAUUGGAGCUGAUAAUUUUGAGUAUCUCGGUAAAAACUAUUUGCUACUUGUAGAUUACUAUAGUAAUUUUUUUGAGAUAAAUCUUAUCCCAACACUAAAGGCUUCAGAUGUGAUCAUACAUAUGAAAUCACAAUUGGCUCGACAUGGUAUUCCAAGGGAAGUAAUUAGUGACAAUGGACCCUCAUUUGCUUGUCAAGAAUUUCUGAAAUUUUCUAAAAGCUGGGGAUUUAAGCACAUUACGUCUAGCCCCAGAUUUCCACAAUCUAAUGGUAUGGCAGAACGGGCCAUACAAACAGUGAAACAGCUUCUAAAUAAAGCUAGAACGUCGGGUCAAGACCCAUAUAUGGCCCUCUUGCAAUUUCGAAAUGCUCCAUGCCCUGAUGAACCUUCACCUGCACGGCUGCUCAUGGGCCGCCGUCUGAGGACGAAUCUUCCGACAACGGAGGCCUAUCUCAGACCUCAAAUCCCAGACAAAAAAGAAAAUGCAAAGUUAUCACAGGCUAUCAAUACAAUGGGACUUAUCAUGAAUAGGCAAAGGGAAUCCCCAAUGGCCACAAGAGAUAACUUUCCCAAAGAUGUUAGUGUUCCACUUCCACCCAAUCCAGCUCUUGAAGAAGCAGCCAUAGGAUCUCACAACCAUCCAGGAGUAAAUCCCCCAGAACAAAACAAUGGUCAGAACUGUCCACUAAUGUGUAAAAAUGGUCAGUCCUCAAUAAUGUUUGCCUGGGCUAAGAAUGCUCCUCCAACUGUCAUGCCCAAAGAAAGGGACAUAUUGCCAGGCAAUGCAGAAGUUGUGACUAUUCAGAUAGAAGAUCUGACCAUUAUGAGUAUGAUAGACAUUUUGAUAGUAAUGCCUAUGAUAGACAGUAUCAUAGAGGGAACCCUCAGAGAAGAUGUAACUCUGAUGAGUACCAGGGUACAAGGGACAAUUGUAGGUCAUAUAGACCUUACCAAAGAAGAAAUGGAGAAGCAGAAUAUAGUUGGAGAAAGAAAAUGUCAUGAAGUUGUGAUGCUUCUUGAUGCUCUUGAAGAUGGACAGUGA